AUGAAGAUCAUCGUCGCAAUGCUGCAGCUAGCUUUCACUGUCAUCACGGUGAACGCUACUACCGACGUUCCUAACUUCGAGCUCAGCCCCGACUUAUCAUCGCAUUUGGGUCAGUUUGCCCUUGUGCCUCUCGAUGAAGUGCGCCAUGCCAUCAGUGGAGACUUUGACUGCGAGACUUCGGAUCUCGACGUGUUCAUUGAAGAAUCCUUUGACAGCCUUGUCCAACAGGAGCAAGAAGUGCUCGAUUUUCUCUUGGAUGUUUACCGUGUUGAUCUCUGGCCCGUCCUUGCCCUUAUUUUCUUCGAAGUCUCUCCUGAUGGAAACCAAAACUUCUACCCGGACAAGCAGCAGUCAAAGAAGCUGGUUAAGGAUUUUAGAGGCUUGAAAAAGUUCUGGGAUUUUGUCGCCGUGUCAGUGUUGGAAGAUGUGAAGAGAACGUUUGAGGCUUAUCCAAAUGUUGCCCAGCACCCUCUUCUUUCACUCAACGCAUUCGCUUGGAAUCGCGAUAGUGGCCUUCCUGGUGUAACCGGCGAUGGUAUUGCCAUCGGAGACGGUAUUCUUCAGUACUAUGAAUGGGCUGGUUUGGGUUCUGGUCCAAGCUACGCCCUCUUCCACGAAUUCGGCCACCACAUCGAGUUUUCUCUAGGUAUCUUCCCAGGUGAUCGAACUCCAGAGUCGAGUCGACACUCGGAGCUGCUGGCGGAUUACUUGGCGGCAUAUUACGCCAUACACGCCCGUGGUGCCACCUUUCGUCAGGAUCGUGUCGAAGAGACCGUCACUGCUGCUUUCAACGGUGGUGACUGCAGUUUUACGAGCAGCAAUCAUCAUGGAACACCCAACCAACGCGCCAAAACGGUUCAAUUUGCGGCCAGUCUCAUUGAUAGUGCCCCGAACCAAGGACACAUUCUGUCUGCGGAGGAGGUUGUGACGGCCUUUGAACAUGACGUUGGCGAGAUUUUGCCCCCCCGGAACUAG